CGCCGUGAUCUCCUAUUAUUGUCCCAGUGGAGAAGUUGGAGAAAAACAUCGUCUGCCACGCCACUUGCGGUGCCGUCGGACCGGAUCGUUCCCAGCACUUUCGUCGCUGCCAAUCUUACCUUUUCUUUCUCCGCGCUGAUGCCAGCGGGGGUGAGGAGGCGACUUAGUGUACCGCCUGCCUCUCCAUGAGCCUGACCAACCCGCCAUCCUCCACCGGAGGUCCUUUAACUGUCUCCUCAGUCAGGCCCGCGGCGGCGCCAUCUGUCAGCCAGAAUCUGACCAAGAGGAGUAUGCAGGCCGCUCUUGACGAUCCAUUAGAUCAAAGGAGGACCCCUACAAGUGGAUAUACGAGCAAAGUCCGCGUUCGAGAGAAGUACCACAUUAUUGGCUUCAUCAGCAGCGGUACUUAUGGCCGAGUAUACAAAGCCAUACGCAGAAAUGGCCAAAAAGGCGAAUUCGCUAUCAAAAAAUUUAAGCCCGAUAAGGAGGGCGAGUUGAUCCAGUACACGGGCCUGUCGCAGUCUGCCAUUCGAGAGAUGGCUCUUUGUUCGGAGCUCUCCCAUGCUAACGUGGUAGGACUCGAAGAGAUCAUCUUGGAGGACAAGUGUAUCUUCAUGGUCUUCGAGUACACAGAGCACGAUCUGUUGCAAAUCAUCCACCACCACACCCAGCCACAGAGACAUCCCAUCCCGGCACCCAUGGUCAGAUCGAUUUUGUUCCAGCUGUUGAAUGGCCUGCUCUACCUCCACAGCAACUGGGUACUCCACCGCGAUUUGAAGCCAGCGAAUAUUCUCGUCACCUCGUCUGGAGCGGUGCGCAUAGGGGAUCUUGGUCUUGCACGAUUGUUCUACAAACCUCUUAACUCCUUGUUUUCUGGAGACAAGGUCGUCGUGACGAUAUGGUACCGUGCCCCAGAACUGCUACUUGGCAGUAGACACUACACGCCAGCUGUGGAUCUUUGGGCGGUUGGAUGUAUCUUUGCAGAGUUGCUGUCACUUCGCCCGAUCUUCAAAGGAGAAGAAGCAAAAAUGGACAGCAAGAAGACGGUUCCGUUUCAGCGAAAUCAGAUGAUGAAGAUCAUGGAAAUCUUGGGCUUGCCGCGCAAAGAAAACUGGCCGGGUCUGGUUUCGAUGCCGGAAUAUCCCCAGCUCCAAAACCUGGCUUUGUCUAGAGGCGCAGGUCACUUUAAUAAGCCGUCCAAUUUGGAGGGAUGGUACCAAAGCUGUCUAAAGAAUGGCGGCUAUUCUCAAAAUUCGAGCGCUGGUACGCCCGGUGCGGACGGAUUUGACCUACUGUCUCGGCUGCUCGAAUACGACCCGACCAAGCGGAUCACCGCCCGCGAGGCCUUGGAGCACCCUUAUUUCAAGAAUGGGGGCCCCAUAAGUGCUAACUGCUUUGAGGGGUGCGAAGGGAAAUAUCCGCAUCGUCGCGUGACUCAGGAUGACAACGAUAUCCGCACCGGUAGUUUACCCGGCACCAAACGGAGUGGUCUGCCAGAUGACAGCCUAGUCGGGAGGCCGCCAAAACGUCUCAAGGAUUGAAUUCUGUUUAGAUGAUCUGUGUCUGCAUUAUCUGGAGUUUGGCAGGGUCUGACAAGGCUGGUGGUCAUGCCGAUAUAGAGGAAAGGGCGUUUUGGGUCGUAUACAUUUUUCGUCGACUGCUGACUUUCGACUCCCGCAUCUUUAUUGUUAAGACUUAUUUUUUUUUGGCUCUUGUCCAACACGGGGUUUUU